GAGCCGAGUCAACUGAGUCAACUAAAUUUACAAAUAUAUUAUUUUGGUGUUGUUAAGUUUAUAAUUUAAACAAAGGCAACGAUUUAUUUUGGAUUAUUAUGUUGUGAAUUAUAUAUGUGUGAAUUAAUGUCAAAAUGCAGUAAAUAAUCUUGAUUUAACAGUGUUUUGUGAACAAAUGUAUAAUAUAUAUUUGUUACAGUUGUGGAACAACAACUGAGUUUGAACAUUAUGUUGUUUCAACCAUAAGGAAGAUUCUGUUAUUGAAUAAAUUCAACUCGUUAAACUGUAAUGGAAGAGACAAAUAGAGAAAAUCGUUCUGGAAUUAGACAAGUUUGGCAAUCAUGUGCAUAUUGUUCAAAUUUGUCAUUCACUAGUUUGCAACAGUUUAUAGAGCAUCUUAGGAGCAAGCACUGCACUCAAGAAGGUGGCUCGUUUGUCUGUCGUUAUGGAGAGAACAAUGUGUGUUGCACUCUACCGGUGGAGGGAGUGAAUGACCUGGACUAUGAACGCCAUGUGUUCAAGCAUCACACCACAGCCAACAACAAGGCUGGCUCUCGUAAGGUGUCACAGAGUAAGAGUGAAACUGGAGGAGAGAGAUGGACCUCACACACCACUGCUCAGAACCUGCCUGCAGUUCUCAACGACCCGCGGCAGGGGAAGCAGAAAGACUUCUUCACCAAAACGUGGGGUGACAGUUUUGUGGAGGUGACAGACAUACCAGCACCUCAUUAUCUGCCACACAUUUCUCUGGAGAACUUCCAAGCCUACUUGAGGAAGACUGCUAAAAGACAUCGUAAGCAUGCUCGUCUGAACAGCGUAGCCCUCAAACCUUACUCUCAUGCUGAGCUGCUACAGACGUUCCCAAAUCUAAGGGUGUCUUCCAAAUCAAUAGAAAAGAACCAGUUUGAUAUAAGCGUAAUUCCUAAGAUAUUUCUGGACAACAACUUUGCUCUGAACAAUAUCGAAACGUUCAACACAGUGUUUCCUCACCUCGGCCAGCUCAAGACACUACCGGCUUCCACCACUGCCCCAACCUCGUCCCACGCAGCCGGUAGUCCCACCUCUAUAGACUCUGCCAAGAUUCUACAGGAAAAGCUGACUCAUUACCUGGACAUUGUGGAAGUCCAGAUAGCCCAGCAAGUGUCGCAGAAGUCUGAUGCUUUCUUCCUGGCGAUGACCUCUCACGACACUCUCAUGGAACAGCUGGGACACACGAUAUCUAUGGUGCGCACUCUCAGGGAGAAGAUCAACAGUAUUGACAGUGUCUUGGUGAAGGAUUCUUUAACAAUAAUAAAAUGUGAAAGAAGACGAGCACACUAUCUACAAGUUUAUAAUAAGUUAAAGCUGAUGUCAACUGUGCUGCAGACUCAGCCGACGAUACAGCUGCUGCUAUCAGCACCUGACUACGUGGCAGCUCUGGACCUGAUCUACACAACACAGGAGCUGUUGUCCCAUCACCUAGCUGGUGUCCACAGUUUCAGGCAUUUAGGCUCAGAGCUGAAUGAGAUGGUGAAGGUAAUCGGGACUCUGAUGACAGGGGAGUUUGAGCGCUACGCAACGGCGGAUCUCAACAGACCACUUCUGGAGUCAGAGGACCAAGUCCUACAAGGGGAUAAGCUAUCGUGUAUCGUGCUGGGCAUGCUGCGAAGGGGGUGUUUCGACUUCAUCGACGCUUAUCAGCAGGAAACCAUCUCGGCUAUCAAGGCAGCAAUCAAGCAGGCAGUGAUAGAAGUGGUGGCGACCAGUGACACAGCCCACCGGAUCAGUGGCGACUCCAGUCUGGAGGACCAGUUGAAGGCGUUGGCCACAGAGGAGUGGACCCAGCUGCUCAAGAAUGCUGCCACCACGUUGCGCAGACUAGUACGAAGAGUCAAGAAAGCUGCUGACAUAAUGCAACAUGCCACUGAUGCCAGCACGGGGACUGUCACAACAAACACUGCAACUGAGGAGUCUUCUGCAUCUAACUUGCCUGUAACGGAUUACUUUCUGAGCGCAGAAGACCACGCUAAGGUGAGUCACAAGCUCAAGCAGCUGCUAACGUCUACUUGUCAGUACACGCAGGAACGCUGCGCCCAGCUGCUCUCCAGCAAGAGUAUCAUCUGGCCUGACGAGAAGUGUCCCACCAUCACAGACAGCAAGGAGAGAGACAGAGACUCGCACUGGCUGGCAGAGAAGGCGACACUGACACAGCUGAGUGAGCUGUACCAACAUGUAGAGCUGCUCAGUCGGGAGUGUGAGGCCGUCUGUCCUGAGGCUCCUGCGUCGUACCUGCGGUCUGCCUUCCGCUCUCAGGCGAACCGGUUCAUGCAAAGGUUCCACUUUGAGAGGAUGACAAAGCUGUCUCUAAUCUUGGACAGUGAAUCCUGGAGACAGGCAGAAGUUCCGGUGGAGUUUCAGCAACUGCUGGAUCAGAUAUCAGAGACCGGUACGUUGGGAUAA